CUAUAUAUGUUUUUUUAAAGUGUUUUGUUGAGCACAGUGCAAAGAAAAAGUAAAAGAGACUAAACUAAAUCUGUGGUGUGGUGUGGUUGGUUUCUGCUACUCCAACCAUUUCUGUAUAUCACAACAACAAGGUUUUGGUUCUUGAAGGGUUUGGUUUGAGGAAUUGCGAAGAUGAAUGAUGGUAGACAAAUGGGGGUGCAUUACAUGGAUGGUGGUGGUUUUCCUUAUGCUGUUAAUGAGAACUUUGUUGAUUUCUUUCAAGGGAUUAAUCAUGUUCCUGUCAAUUAUGGAUUUCCUGGCUCAAUGCCUGAUCAGGAUAACGUCUACUGGUCAAUGAACAUGAGUCCCUAUAAGUUUGGAAUGUCUGGCCCUGGAAGUACAUCUUAUUAUAGUUCAUAUGAGGUAAAUGAUCAUUUGCCAAGAAUGGAGAACAACAGGGUCGAGUGGGAAUACCCUUCUGAAGUGAUCUCUGAGGAACCAGCUUCAUCAGAUUCUCCGCCUAGAAGAGAUGGAGUUAGCAUGCAGACUAUCCCUGAAGAAUGCAGUCCCAAUCAUCAAGAGUCCAGUAGUAGCCAGGUCAUAUGGCAAGACAACAUUGAUCCUGACAAUAUGACUUAUGAGGUGCAGGAACUACUGGACCUGGGGGAAGCAGUUGGAACUCAAAGCCGAGGUCUUUCCCAAGAACUUAUUGAUACGCUUCCAACCUCCAAGUACAAAUUCGGCAGCUUAUUCAAAAGAAAAAAUUCUGGAAAACGGUGUGUAAUUUGCCAGAUGACAUACAGAAGAGGUGACCAGCAAAUGAAAUUGCCAUGCAGUCAUGUUUAUCACGGCGAAUGCAUUACCAAAUGGCUUAGCAUUAACAAGAAAUGUCCUGUUUGCAACACUGAGGUUUUUGGCGAGGAAUCAACACAGUAGCAUCGGCAUGGCGAUAAGGAGCUCUCUUGCUCUUCUAAUUUUUGCUCCCUAUCCAUCUCUCUCUAUCUCUAUCUCUCUGUCUCUCUAUCUCUCUCUCUCUCCUUUAAGUUUUAAUUGCUUACACGUAGGUAGGUGUAGUAUGAAAAACUGUGACACUUCUCACAUGAUACAUGUUUUAUUUGAUAGAAACAAGUUAACAACCUAACAGUGGUUAAUGUGUGAUAAUAUGGUGUUAGAAUUUGGGAAUGAAAAAUCUUAUGAGCAUGCAUGCAUGCAUAUGAUGGAUUGGAAAAUGAAAUGUGUAUGGAACUGUCCUAUGAUAUCAGCAGUCAAACUUAAGCAUCUCUAAACUCCAUGAUGCUGCUUGUAGGUCAUGUUUAAUAUGUACUUGACAUUCUCCCAUGUUGUAUGCCUUCUUUAACUGGAGUCGGCCGCCAAUUGCGGCAUUUGUGUUGCCUUCAUUGUAUUGGAGUCUGCUCCUAGCCGCGAAUAGCGGUAUUUAUGUUGGCUUCUUUGCGGCCAUUAUUAUGUUUGGUGUAAGAAGGUGAGCUUGGUCUCACAUUAAUAUGAUACAAGGUAGUGCUUAUGAAGUUUGGACAGGACAGUCUUCUCUUUCGAACUGGUUUUAUAGGUUGUAUGGUUGGAUUAACUCAAAUUCUAAGAUAGUAUAAGAGCUCAUCUUGGAUUUGUUGUUGGAAAUCAUGAAACGUUUGCACUUCGGUUUGAGCCUGGUUACAAUCGAGUGUGUUGAAAUUCACAUCUUAAUGAGACAUAACAUUAUUAUGUAUGCGUUUUUGGACUCUUUUUACAUGAUUAAUUGUCUUUUGUGUUAGACCAUGUGCAACUCAUUUUUGAGUUCUUUAUGGGUCCCACCAGCCAUAUCAUCUUAAAAUAAUUUAUUUAAUAUUUAUUUUAUUGGUGUAAUUCAAAUGGGUUCCACAUUUUUACCUCAUAAAUUAAUUUGAUUGGGUACCACAAUUUUUUACUAGUUGCAUUGCAAUGCAACUCUACUAUGACAUGGCAAAUUGAUUCAAUAUUUAAUUAUUAUGUCUAGUUGGAGAACUCAUUGAAAAAUACUACCAUUGGAGAUGCUCUUAGGAAAUCAAAAAUGUUAAAGACAAAUGAUAUGAAAAUAUAUCGAUUGUUGGAACACAUGUCCCAUCGUAAAACUUCUUAUCCUGAAUUCUACCUAAGGAGAAAUCUCAGUUAAAUUCACACAUGUAUGUUUCUCCCUUACUCGUAGACCAAAACAUAUGUUGAUCUAAAUGUCACUCUCUUUUCAUAGACAUUUUGUUCUGCUAAAAUAUAUUAAAUUUGACAUCUCAUAGAUAAAAAAGUGAAUUAUAAAUCAUCGGUAUCUAUAAAGUAAUAUGGUAAUCUAUUUGUGACAUGGAUGGAUAGACAUAACCCAUCACUAAUCAACAAGAAGGAAAUCCUAAAACUAAGGUUGUUUUUAUUUAGACUAAGAACUGUUCAUUAUUUUUGUUUUCGGCACUCUUAACCAUUAUACAACAUCCUCUCAUAGAUGAAGACUGCUUUUUUGUUUUUAAGAAAAAGAUAAAGAAUGAUUUAUUUAGAAUAGAUAAGAUAAGAUAUGUAAUCUUAAUUAAAUAGAAUAUAAAAAUUAGUAAAAGUAAAAGACAAAAAUAAAAGGUAAGUUGUGAUGUGGAGUCUUUUCAGUGUGUUAACCAAUGGUUAUUUGAAGUUAUGUAGGAGCAAUCUGUGGAUCAGUUUGUCGUUUGUAAAAUCAAAAUCUGUGUUCUGUAGCCGCAAUUCACAACCUCCAAGGAAAAAUAGAUACGGCCAACACCUCUCUCGAUAUCGGAAUUUUUUGCAG